CUCUGAAGCGACCGAGCCGGUGGAAAUCGUGACGCAGUUAUAUAUAUUUAUAUCUUAUAAUUAUGCACAACAAAAAAGGGCACCAAAUAACACUGUCUCACAAACAGUCUGAGUUUUGACACCAGUUGAUAAUUUUAAAUCCUUUCACAGACUCUAUCUGCAUCCAAUACAGUUGUAAAUAAUGUUUUAUUUUUAUUUAAAAUUUGCAUUAUCCAUCGAUCAACGUUUCACGUUUGACUAGUUUAUUGAGCGGAAGAAGUGGUUCACACUGCAGUUCUCCUGCAUCGGUAUCCAUACCAGGAAAAACAACGAGUCAUAACAAGGAGGGCCAAUGACAUUGCAGAGGAAAGUGAUUUCCUCACUGGUUCACGUCGAUCAAGAAGCUAUAGUUUCACUUUGCAGUGCAUUAAAAAAAAACAAACUGUAUGAACUGAAGCAGCUCUAACACUCAGGUUUAAAGUGGAAGAAGUGAAAAUGGCAGAAUCCUCAUCACUGCACUUAAUGAAGAGCAUGGAAGAACCAGCUAAGUUUGCACGUGACUCCAGCAGUUUCCUGUCUGAAGAUCAGUUCCUGUGUUCUAUCUGUCUGGAUAUAUUAACUGAUCCAGUCUCCACUCCAUGUGGACACAACUUCUGUAAAACCUGCCUUACACUGUACUGGAACAACACUCAACACUGUCACUGUCCAUUCUGUAAAGAGAAAUUCACCAAGAGACCUGAACUGAAGAUCAAUACAACACUGAGAGAGGUUGUAGACCACUUCAAGAACAAAGGAGAUGUUGAUAAACCUGUGAUUCUUUGUGACGUCUGCACUGGCAUGGAAGUUAAGGCCCUGAAAUCCUGUCUGGAUUGUGGUAUGUCUUAUUGUAAGUCCCAUUUAGAGUCACAUAAAGUUGCAAAGCUCAAGAAACACAAGCUAAUCGACCCAGUGAAGAACCUGGAGGACUACAUAUGCCACAAGCAUGAGAGACCCCUGGAGCUCUUCUGCAGAGAUGACCAGACAUGUGUGUGUCAGUUCUGCAUUGAAGGAGAGCACAAGAAUCACAACAUUGUUCCUCUAGAGGAGGAGAGUGGAGAGAAAAAGACACAGCUCAGAAGCUUACACACAGGGGUGCAGCAGAUGAUCCAAGACAGACUGAAGAAGAUCAAAGAGAUCCAAAACUCAGCAGAGCUCAGAAAAAGAAACACAGAGAAAGAGAAAGCAGACAGUGUUGAAGUCUUCACUGCUCUGAUGCGCUCCAUUGAGAGAAGCCAAGCUGAGCUGCUUGAGGUGAUGGAGGAGAAGCAGAAAGCAGCAGAGAGGCAGGCUGAAGACCUCAUUAAAGAGCUGGAGCAGGAAAUCACUGAGCUAAAGAGGAGAGACACUGAGGUGGAGCAGCUCUCCAACACUGAGGACCACCUCCACCUCCUACAGAUUUACCCGUCACUGUGCAGACCUCCACACACCAACAACUGGACUGACAUCAGUAUUGACCCUCAUCUGAGUGUAGAGCCUGUGAGGAACGCUUUUUCUCAACUUCAGAAAAGUCUGAAUGAAGAACUCAGUAAAACUCUUAAUGAGAAGCUGAGGAGAAAAGAACUGAAGAUGAUGCAGAAGUAUGCAGUGGAUGUGACUCUGGAUCCAGACACGGCAUAUCCCUAUCUCAUCCUGUCUGCUGAUGGAAAACAAGUGAGAUGUGGAGACACAAGACAGAAUCUUCCUGACAACCCAAAGAGAUUUAAUCAGUAUGCCAAUGUUCUCGCAAAGGAGGGAUUCUCCUCAGGGAGAUUUUACUAUGAGGCACAGGUCAGGGGAAAGACUAAGUGGGAUGUAGGAGUGGCCAGAGAGUCUAUUAACAGGAAGGGUCCGAUUACACUGAGCCCUGAGAAUGGAUUCUGGGCUGUGGUUCUGAGAAAUGGGAAUCAAUAUGAGGCUCGUGCUAGUUCUCCCGUUCCCCUCUACCUGAGACAGACGCCCCAGAAGGUGGGGGUGUUUGUGGAUUAUGAGGAGGGUCUGGUCUCCUUUUUUGAUGUGGAAGCCAGAUCUCAUAUCUACUCUUUCACUGGUCAGUCUUUCAUUGAGAAACUCUAUCCAUACUUCAGCCCCCGCAAUAAUGACAAAGGAAAAAAUUCAGCUCCAUUGAUCAUCUCACAUAUUUAAGACUAAACAAAUAAUCAGCUUCACCCGUUCAGAUGAGCUACUACAAUCAAGUUAAAGUCAGUUUUCUUGGUAGCGAGUUUCACAUGGUCUAUAAGCUUGUCUAUGUUGGUUAUUAGCUAUAUACUCUUGCUGAUCUAAGAUGGGGGAAAGAAGGUGAUUGACUCAAUGGAUAUGUUCCCAGGGUCCAGUGUUCCCAGGAUUCUAUUUUGAAAUGUCUAGGAAACAGCUCUAUGUUUUCAGGGCUCUGUGCUCCCCAAGCCAUGUGUUUUCUCUUUGUAAUUUUGGAUGCAGUCCUGUAUUCCUAUUGCCCUGUGUUCCCUCGUUGAAAUUUUCAUGGGAAAAAAUGUUCCCAUGUUGCCUAAAUUAUAUAAAUGUAUUAGAUUUACUCAACAUUAAAGUGAGAGUACUGUCCAUACCUUUACAAUUGUACAUAUUCUAAUGUCAUAUGUUCAGGAAAUAAAAUCUGAAAUUGUUUUUAGGGACAUCCUGCUUCCACAUAGAUCCUCCGAUUAAACGAGAAUGAGCAUUUAAAUGUGUUUAGUCAAAAAGUCAUUAAAAAUUCACAAAAUUAACAACAUUGAAAAACAUUACUGCAUUUGUGCUAACAGUGGAAUCAUUGAGCACAUCCAAAAUGACAUUUACCCUCCAUUUCAAUGCUGUUUUCAACAUGCCCUUGUCAACUUGCCCUCACAAUUUCCCCUUACCAUCUCAAGUGUUUUACUUUAUUCUGAUAACAUGCUUGUUUGCAACGUAAGGGCUACACAACAAACAAGAACAACAAAAUGAAGAGCAAUACACCACUCUUAACCAGAGUGAUUCUUUAAAGGUUUAUGUAUUCUUCUCAGAAAAUAGACAAUCACAAAGUUUGCUUAGCUAUUUAGCUAGUCAAGGCUUAAGCUAGAGCUGAGGCAAUGUGCUUUCCUAUGGAAAAACCUGCACUUUCUUUCCUGUUUGACCUUUGGUGACACUAUGUUAACAUUAACCAUAAAUUUGGGAGCCCUUUCAUUGGUUACUUAAAUGCAUCAUUUAGAUGUAUUAAUCAAAAAGCUGAGCGUAGGACCCUGGGAAUAUAAAAACGCUGGGAACAUAGGAACACUCCCUUUUUUUUAGCAAGGUAUAGCCUAUUAUUUGCAGAGUUCCCCAGAGACACUGCUGCAACUAGCAAUCCAUUUAGCUAACGCUAGAACCUUACUGCACACAACUAAUUUGGAUCACCAGAAUCACAACUGUAAAGUUAGUUAAUGGCUUGCUAAUAUUAGCUUGCAAAACCCAUCACUGAAAAAAAAAACUAGCAAACUACUAUAGUUAGCUAACUCUAGCUUGGUUGCUCAUGUAGGUUUUAAAUGGGCUUAGUGGGCUUUAUUGUAAGCCCCAUUUAGGCUACAGUUGUGGGCCCCAGUUAAGCUGUCCAUACCUGACUAUGUGUGGCUCCUGCAUGGGUCCUAUUUGACAUAUCUUAAAGUGCAUUUAAUUUUACAUAUUUUUCCAAACAAAAUUGAUUAUUAUUUCUGGUAGUUGUCUUCUAAUAGUAUCUUGGCUGUUUUUUAAUAAAUGCACAAAUAUGCAAUAGUGCAUGCUUAUAAAUGUAAUAAAAUAUUGUAAAUACAGACAGAUUCAUGCGGUACAUAAUUAUCUGUUUUAGAGUACAAGAAAGAAUGGUAGGGCUUGAGUAUAGAACGUGAGGAUAAGGCAUAACCUACAAUUCUCUCUGCUUUUCCACAUAAUUCAUUUCAACUAAUGACAAAAGACAAGUUUUUAUAACUGCUUGGAAGUGGUUGGAACAGGUUCAAGAUGUAAAUGCAAAAUGCAUUCCAGGUCUCCCACCUUAGCUAAAAGGCUAACUGCUGAGGAUUAAUCAACAGAAUUAUGGAGGUAAGAAAUUUUAUUUAAAUUUCACUGCUAUUGCUACAAAAUUGAAUAUGUUUUUGAAAGGAUAAGCUAUUAGGCAAAAUGACAUAGGAUUAAGCCCCGGUGAACCUUAAACAAAUUAAAAACAGACAGCUAGCCAACUGGCUAGGUUAACCAUUAGCAGCUAGCUGUCAUUUUAUUUUUGAGAGUUUUAAUAAAGAACAAAGUUUAGUAAUAUAUAUAUUUUGUUAAACAUGGAGUUGUGACCUCUGGUUUUGAAGUUCUAAUACAAGCAUAGGAAAAACACUGUGUAAUUUGCAGUUUGGCAGAUCGAUAACAGGCUACCAAGGUCCUCCAGUACUUCACUCGAGGAUGUAAAAGCAGGACAUGUUGAGCUAUGCAGGCAUGGUUUUGCGCAUUGUUGCAUUCUAACACGUGUCACGACGUAAUUUAAAAUGCAAUGUAAUCACGAGCUGCAUUCUGAGCAUUACAGCAAGGGGCACUUUUUCCCUAAUUUCUGCUUGUCUCUCCAUUCUUCCUGCUCCUUUACUCGCAACGGUUUCUCCGUGUUCUUCUGGGGUAGAAGAGGAGCAGUAAGAAGGGAAGGGGAAGACAGGAGCAGUGGCAAAAAUUUCUGGACGCAGCCACUGAAUACUUCAUUGAAAAUUACAAUAUACAAAGUUAAAAUAUGUUAAUUGAGUGUGUUAUAAGCCUCAAAUGCCCAUUUCAAAGUUAGAAUUGUCGUAAGUGGCAUUUAACCCAGUGUAAUAGAAAUAGCAUUAUCAUAGCAAAGACUACUUAUAAAGUAGUGUCUGCAUUAAACACUGCCAUAUAUAUGUGCAGCAGUCACUCGCUUACAUGAUAAAAAGUUACCUUUUUUUUACUUUGUUAAGCUCUAAACCAGUUAAUCCAUUUUAAAAUGUGUUGCAUUACAAAAGUCUCUGCACACUGUAACGCUAUUUUUAUUUAUAUUUGUUGAGCACAAUGUAUUCAAUUUAAUUGUACUACAUCAAACAGUAUGUAAUGUAAUUAA